GGUUCAAAGUGAUGAAGAUGAAGUCAUCUUUUUAAAAAAAAUGUUUUUAGGAACAACAAAGAUAAAAUGAAACAAUAAGUGCUGAGGAUCCUCGUGUUAGAACCGCAGGGAGUCUGUUUUGAUUGCGCGAAACUGAACAGAGAUCCCAAAAUAAAUACAUAUUUAUCAUGUUUAUCUGCAAUGUCCGCUCGUAAUUUUAUCAACAAAAUGCAUUUUAGCAGUAAUUUGCAAGGACACUGUGCCCUGCAGUCAAUCUACACAAGCUAUAUGAUUAUUAUGAAGCUUUGUCAAGUCUAGACUGUUGGUCAAUAUGAACUGACUGGAGGGAGGAAAACAAAGAAAAUAUGAAACCUGGGUUAAGUUGCACUGUUUUUGUUUCAUACAUGCUGUUCAUUUUUGCCUACGAAAUAUUACGACUGUGUGAAUACAUCUCCAUUACUGAACGUGCAGCCCUGCCAACAGCUCUGACAUCUCACUGUACCGGGACAUCGGGUUUAACUAACAAUGUAGUGUAACAUUUACACAAACUGCAGCAUCCCUCACCAGUGGAGCUGGAACAGCUGAGUAGUAGCAUCAAACCUAAUUGCAUGCCUAAGGGUCAGGAAAUUGGCCGAUGUCUGAAAUUAAGACAAAGAGGAGAAGACAGACAAUCCAGUGUUUCUCUCUCUCCUGAGUUGGAGAAAGCAGUCUGCAUUGUUAGGGUCACCUUUGUUGGUUCUGUUGUUUCAGCUGCUGCAUUACACAGCACCUGUUACUGAGAUCACUAAUGCAACACAAAGAGUUAAUAAUCAAUGAUGUUGAUAUGCAUUGAGACAACAGAAACAUUAUGUGCUACAUAACCUGUUUUCUAGCAGUUGCACAGCACACAACUUUGUGUGGUUGUCCAGUGAAUAAAAGGAAACAGUUGGAUCCAGAUGUCACCCAGUGAGCCAAUCAUAUGAGAGUUUAAGAGGUUGUGGCACCUUCCCCCAGUCCUGGCAAUCACAAUGAACGGUGACGUAUCGCCUCAGCUGGCAAUGAGGAGUGUGAGAAAAUUCCGAAACAAAGACACGUCUUGGUGUGUCUGUGUGUGUUUGGGUAGGAGCCUUUGUGCACCAUAGGACCAACUCGGCAGCAUGUGCUGGUGCUGGAGUUCCCACAGCAGUGGAGGGGAGAUGGGGGGUGAACAGCUUGACCCUCUCCCUUUGAGAGUGUGAUCUGAAGGGGAGACAUGGAAACACCAUGGGUCACUGAAAGGUUUUGUCAAGAUGUUGUGACUGAGUCAGCAGUUUUGUCUUUGUGUGUUUAUACCAACAAUGAAUAGGAAAGAAAAUUGUGAUAACACUUUGUCUGUGUGCGUUGUCUGUGUAGUGCUUUUAAAACAGUUAAUUGCACACUCAAAUAUGCGCAAAAAAGGAAAUUUUACUUUAACCAUGCAGAAUGAGAUCUCUGAAAAUUCAUUUGAAAAGCAUUAUUAACGGAAUGAUCUCUGUGGCUCUGUACCUGUAGGUCAGUUUCAACAGCGUGACUUAAUUUUCUCUGACCUCUGUAUUGUUUCCAAUAGGGAUUCCCCCAGAGAUGAGAGACUUUGGCACGUCGGUGUGAUUGAUCGAUGCUCCAAUGACAAUGUUUAAACCUGAAGGUGUGGUGCACAGGUGAAGCUUGGACCAGAUGUCUGUUGGGCCUGCUUUUUGCAAAUACUGUCCUCUGGGUUAGAAAUCCUCAUUCUGGACCUCCAGCAGCUAGCUAUCAGCAAAGGAGACUAAUGCUCAUGAACCAUCCCUUCGUAUCCCUUUCCUGAAAGCUGCCUCUCAUCUAAGCCUUUUGCGAGCAGAGAGAGCAGACAACAUGGCGCUCAGCUCUCAGCCGUGGCCUCCUUUAAUCUGGCUCUGCAUGGGAUUGCUUCUUUCCUUUCUGUCACCAGUUUAUGGCAAAGAAUGUCCUCGUUUGUGUGUUUGUGAGAUCCGCCCGUGGUUCACCCCGCAGUCGACCUACAAGGAGGCAACUACGGUGGACUGCAAUGACCUGAGGCUGACGCACAUCCCUACCAACCUGUCAGCAGACACCCAGGUGUUGCUGCUCCAAAGCAACGCCAUCUCUCGCACCAGUGGAGAGCUGGAGGCUCUGUUCAACUUGACAGAGCUGGAUCUAUCCCAGAACAACUUCAGCACUAUGGAAGCUGUUGGCCUCACAAACAUGAACCAUCUGACCACCCUGCACCUAGAAGAGAACCAGAUCAGUCACCUGCCAGACCACUGCCUGGGAAACCUCUCCAACCUGCAGGAGCUCUACAUCAACCACAACCAGAUAAGCUCCAUCUCCCCUCGAGCAUUUUCUGGCCUGCGCAGCCUGCUGCGCCUGCACCUUAACUCCAACAGGCUUCAUGUCAUAGACAGCUGCUGGUUUGAGGAAACACCAAACCUCGAGAUCCUCAUGAUCGGGGAGAACCCAGUUAUUGGUCUCCUUGACAUGAACUUUAGGCCUCUAGGAAGACUGCGGAGUCUGGUUCUGGCUGGGAUGGAUCUCACUGAUGUUCCAGGGAAUGCAUUUGUAGGUUUAGAUAAUCUGGAAAGCAUUUCUUUCUAUGACAACAAACUGGUCAGAAUCCCUCAACUGGCCCUUCAGAAAGUCCCCAAUCUAAAAUUCUUGGAUUUAAACAAAAAUCCAGUUCACAAAAUCCAGGAAGGAGAUUUCAGAAACAUGCUCCGUCUGAAGGAGUUGGGCAUCAAUAAUAUGAUGGAGUUGGUGUCUAUUGAUCGCUAUGCUCUGGACAACCUACCAGAAUUGACAAAACUGGAAGCGACCAAUAAUCCUAAACUGUCUUAUGUCCACAGGUUGGCAUUUAGGGACAUGCCCUCCCUAGAGAGCCUGAUGCUCAACAGUAAUGCUCUCACUGCUCUUUACCAGCACACUGUGCAGGUGUUGCCGAACCUGCGAGAGAUCAGUCUUCACAGCAACCCACUCCGCUGUGAUUGCGUUAUUCAGUGGAUGAGUUCCAACAGAACCACAGUGCGCUUCAUGGAGCCCUUGUCCAUGCUGUGCACCUCCCCACCAGAACUCAGAGGCCAACGGGUUCGAGAACUAAGGCUGCUCGACUCCCCAGAACAGUGUCUUCCCCUUAUAUCCCACGAUACCUUCCCCAGUCACCUGAACCUAGAGCUAGGCACAAGUGUCAGCCUGGACUGUCGGGCAGUAUCUGAACCAGAGCCUGAAAUCUACUGGGUAACUCCUCUGGGGACCAAAAUCACUUUAGAUACAGUGUCGGAGCGCUACCACUUGAGCAGUGAGGGGACUCUGCGGCUGUCUCAUGUGCAGGUGGAAGAUUCUGGUCAUUACACCUGUGUAGCCCAGAACACAGAAGGAGCUGACACACGAGUCGCCACUGUUCGUGUAAAUGGGACCCUGCUCGACAGUGCUCAGGUGAUGAAAAUCUAUGUCAAGCAGACUGAGUCCCACUCCAUCUUGGUCUCCUGGAAAGUCAACUCUAACGUCAUGACCUCCAACCUGAAGUGGGCCUCAGCCACCAUGAAGAUUGACAACCCUCACAUCACCUACACGGCUCGUGUCCCUGUAGAUGUUCACGAGUACAACCUCACACACCUUCAACCUGCAACUGAGUACGAGGUGUGCCUCACAGUCUCCAACAUCCACCUGCAGACGCACAAGUCUUGCGUUAACGUGACAACACGUAGUGCUACCUUUGCCCUGGACCUGUCAGACCAGCACCCGAGUGCGGCCGUGCUGGUUGUCAUGUCAACCAUGCUGGCCUUCCUCAGUCUGGCCACUGUGGGCAUCUACAUGGCUCGCAGAUGGAAGCGAAAAAACUACCACCACUCUUUGAAGAAAUACAUGCUGAAGACCUCUUCCAUCCCACUUAAUGAGCUCUACCCUCCACUCAUUAACCUUUGGGAGGCUGAUGGCGAAAAGGACAAAGAUGGCAGCACAGAGGGGAAACCCUCUCCUGUCGACACCACACGUAGUUAUUACAUGUGGUGAGGAUUUACUAAGGAGGCCUGACUGCCUCUCCAGCAGCACAAAAAGACACACUUUUGCCAUUUUGGUGCAAAAGUCGAAUAAAGUUGCAAAUGUUUCUUUUGUAUUCUCAGCUUUGCUAAUAAGAGGCAGAGUGAUCAAGUGCAGGAUUUUUAUUAGUAUAGCGUAUCGCCUUUGUUUGACUCUUUCUAUCUCUUAAUUGUUCUGGACUCUCCAAGAUGGCAGCUGUAUUUAGCCUCCAGGUUGUCUUAGUUGCUCUGCUCUGUUUCUGUGGUGCAUUUUUGACUCACGUUCUUUUGGGUUAAUUAUACAGCAGCAGGGACAGAUGGUCUUCUUGCAGCAUUAGUACAAAUCAAUGUUUCUUUUUCUGUUUUGUAAAACAGUUAAUCUGUUGUGCACUGAUAGAUGAAGUUUGUAUGAACUUCAGUUAAAAGCUGACAGCAGGAUUUAGACUCGUUAAACCGUCUACUGAAUGUUAGCAAUUGUGCAGUAAUGUUGUAUCAACUAUACCUUUGAAAAUUCUGAUUUACACUGCAAGAGAAUAGCCUUUUAGUUUGCUGAUAAAUGUGAUGUUAAAUGCUAGAAAUACAAAUGUUUGUUAAAACCUUUCAUUUUUUGUAUUAUGAUCAUUAUGAUUAAGGUGCACUAGAAACUUUUUGACUCUUUCCUCAUUUACUCAUUUUUUGGCUAGAGUUUUAGAGGUUUUUUUUUGCUAAUUGCUUAGUUUAUCAUUUUCUCAUGCAAUAUGUAUACUGAUAAAGUCAAAAUAAAUAAAAUUUUGGUUCUUUUGCAGA